CGGCGGGAGGGAGGCUGCAGCUGCGCCAGCGGCGCGUCCGUCCUCCGGGCGGCAUGUCGGGCGCGGCGGAGGCGGAGGCGGCGGCGCCGGUGUCGGCGGCGUCGCAGGAGGAGAGCGAGGACGAGAGCGAGGUGCUGGAGGAGAGUCCCUGCGGCCGCUGGCAGAAGCGCAAGGAGCAGGUCAACCAGGGCAACAUGCCUGGACUGCAGAGCACCUUCCUGGCCAUGGACACAGAGGAAGGCGUGGAGGUCGUGUGGAACGAGCUGCAGUUCACGGACAAGGCGGCCUUCAAAGCUCAUGAGGAGAAGAUCAAGACCAUGUUUGAGCAGCUGGUUGUCGUUGACCACCCCAACAUCGUGAAGGUCCACAAGUACUGGCUGGAUGUGAAGGAAAUCAAGGCCCAGGUGAUCUUCAUCACAGAGUAUGUCUCCUCCGGAAGCCUGAAGCAGUUCCUCAAGAAGACCAAGAAGAACCACAAGGCUAUGAAUGCCCGGGCUUGGAAGCGCUGGUGCACUCAGAUCCUCUCGGCCCUCAGCUACCUGCACUCUUGCGACCCCCCCAUCAUCCAUGGGAACCUCACCAGUGACACCAUCUUCAUCCAGCACAAUGGGCUCAUCAAGAUCGGGUCAGUUUGGCACAGAGUCUUUGCAAAGGCCAUCCCGCCUGAGCUCCGCAGCCCCAUCCGUGCAGAGAGGGAGGAGCAGCGCAACCUGCACUUCUUCCCCCCGGAGUACGGGCACGUGGCGGAUGGGACGGCUGUGGACAUCUUCUCCUUUGGGAUGUGCGCUCUGGAGAUGGCGGUGCUGGAGAUCCAGUCCAAUGGGGACACCUACGUGUCGGAGGAGGCAAUUGAGCGGGCAAGGCAUUCUCUGGAUGACCCCAUCAUGCGGGAGUUCAUCCUGGGCUGCCUCCUCCUGAACCCGGACCGGCGUCCUACGGCUCACAACCUCCUUUUCCACCGCGUCCUCUUUGAGGUCCACUCCCUGAAGCUCCUGGCCGCUCACUGCUUCAUCAGCAACCAGUACCUGUGGCCUGAGAAUGUGGUGGAAGAGAAAACCAAGCAGCUGGACCUCAGCAUCGUCAUGGCAGAGAUCCAGCGAGAGGGUCGCCCGCCUGUGCAGUGGAGAUACUCAGAAGUUUCCUUCCUGGAGCUGGACAAGUUCCUGGAGGAUGUGAGGAACGGCAUUUAUCCCCUGAUGAACUUUGCUGCUACCCGCCCCCACACGCUCCCCAGAUCGACAUCCCAGCCCCCCGAGGACCCUCAGAAGGCCAAGACGCCCACGCCAGAGCCCUUUGAUGUGGAGACCAGAAAGGUGGUGCAGAUGCAGUGCGGCAUGGAGUGGAGCGAGGAGAAGAGGCAAUGGCGGCUCACGCUCCUUCUGGUCCUGGAAGACAAACUUCACCGCCAGCUGAGCUACGACCUGCUGCCAAAUGACAAUCCCAAGGACUUGGCUGUGGAGCUUGUGCACUAUGGAUUCAUCAGCCCGGACGACUGUGAGAAGCUGGCUGCCUUCCUUGAAAGCGCCUUCCGCAAGCAGCACCCUCCUCCCUCCUGAGCCAGCGUGGUCCGGGGCAGGUGGGCCCCGUUGGAAAAGGGACAGGAGCCACCUUGGGCGUGGUGGGCCGGAGGGCUCCUCUGUGCCAAGGCUGGCUUGGAGGGCAGCAGCCGGGUGGGGGAGGCACCAGGAGCCCUGAGGGUGCCCCACCGGAAGAACAGGAAGAGCUGGGCAGGGCUGAGAGUUGGCGCUGGCCAGGGCGAAUCUCAGGAACGGUUGCAUUUCCACCAGCCCCCCCAUCUCCCUCUGCUGGUGGGGGUGGCAGAGGAAGUGCAGGCUUGCUCAGAGCCCCCGGUGGCCCCUCUUGCUCCGCAGCGUCCCCUUACGAUGGAGAGGGUGGCAGGCUCAGAGCCACGAGAAGGAAGCAGAGCUCCAGAGGCCUUAGCUUGGCCACCACACCCGCUGGAUUCCCCCUCUGCUCCUGUCCGUCCCAGAUUGGGGGUGCCAAGAGGGAAGUCCCAGGACCUCCUUCUUCUCGGAAGGGUCAGGAGCCACGGGGCAGCUGAGCUGCUGGCAUUUGGACUGGGAAGGAGCUGGGCCCCAGGAACCCCCUGCUUCAGAAGCUGCUUCUGUCGCCGCCACUUGGAGUUGCUCAGCUGUGCCCUGCUGCUCUGGGCAGGCAACGUGUGCGGAUUCUGCUCUCUUGUGAUGUAUGUUGUGUUUGCUGCUUGCAGCCUGCUGAGCUGCCUGCCUUGGGCACCUGGUGCUGGCGGUGCCAAACCUCUCCCCCCCCCCUUGCUUUGCCAGUGCCUGUGAUGAUAGCAAUUAAUAUAUUAAAAUAUAAUGAGCCUCUUGGGGAA